AUGGAACCUCCUCCUGGUCUUCGCCGACAGGGGGAGAACACUGUAUGUCGGCUCAACAAGUCCCUUUACGCACUUAAACAAGCUUCCAGAAACUGGUUCUCCACCUUUUCAGACACCAUUCAGAAAGCUGGUUAUCAACAAUCAAAGGCUGAUUACUCUCUUUUUACCAAAGCUCAAGGCACUUCAUUUACUGCUGUACUUAUCUAUGUUGACGACAUACUUCUCACAGGCAAUGAUCUUCAGGAAAUGGAACAUCUCAAAACAUUCCUUCUGAAACGCUUCCGCAUCAAAGAUCUCGGAGAUUUGAAAUAUUUUUUGGGCAUUGAAUUCUCCCGCUCUAAGAAAGGUAUUUUUAUGUCUCAGAGAAAAUAUGCACUAGAUAUUUUGCAAGAUUCAGGACUUCUGGGGGCACGCCCAUACAACUUUCCAAUGGAACAGAAUUUGAAACUAACUCCCACAGAUGGAGCACUGUUGCAUGAUCCAACUAAGUACAGAAGACUAGUUGGUAGACUGAUUUAUCUCACUGUCACAAGGCCUGACAUAGCCUAUUCCAUUCGAACAUUGAGUGAAUUUAUGCAUCAACCACGAAAACCUCAUUGGGAUACUGCCUUACGGAUCCUCAAAUAUGUCAAGGGUACUCCUGGUCAAGAUUGGGGAGGUUGUCGUGCCACAAGGAGGUCAGUUACAGGAUAUUGUGUUUUUCUUGGAAAUGCCCUCAUCUCAUGGAAAUCCAAGAAACAAACUAAUGUUUCUAGAUCAUCAGCUGAAGCAGAAUAUCGAGCCAUGGCUAAUACUUGUUUGGAGCUGACUUGGUUGCGCUACAUAUUACAGGGUUUAAAGGUCCUACAGACAGUUCCUGUGCCAUUAUUUUGUGAUAAUCAGGCAGCUUUGUAUAAUGCAGCAAAUCCUGUUUUUCAUGAACAUACAAAGCACAGUGAAAUAGAUUGUCACAUAGUUCGAGAAAAAUUGCAAGCCAGAAUGAUUAGUCCUUCAUAUGUACCUACACGCUUCCAGCUGGCAGAUGUGUUUACAAAGGCCUUGGGAAAGGAUCAAUUUGUGACACUACGAGACAAGUUGGGUCUUCAUGAUAUUCACUCUCCAACUUGA